UGUUUUCUAUUGAUUAUAGUUAGCAGAUAUAAACAGCAGUAAAGAAAAGAAAGAUGUUGACAAGACAUCACCGCCUGUCGCAAUUGGCUCAAAUAUCGAGAGAAACAGUCGUGAACCAAUGAGAAGCCAGUAUGAUAGCGAGGCUUCAACUAGGAAGGACAAAGUAAAGUUGCUUGCCACCAGACUGGUGGAUGGAGACAGGAACACACUUAAGAUGCUGGAGAACGUUUUGGCACAAGACCGGUCCCAACAGGCAGUGAGAGGACAAGAGGACAAGUUAGGAGAUGAAGACGAGGACAUUGCAGGAGAUGAGUUAGGCUUCCGCGAUGAAGAAGUAGCCGACAUCUCAGACACGCGCCACGACGACGGAGACACAGAGACUGACCCGGAUGUUGAGAGGGACAUCAUGCGGUUGUUACAGCGUUACAAACAACGUGCCUCACAACAACAAUUGAUGCCGAGGUCUCGCUCCCAGCAAGUGAUCGAAGAAGGCCAUUUCGGGGAUUUCCAGCAUCAAGUGCUGCAUGCCGUAGAGGACCGGCUGUUGAAGGACAUCCAGAUGGCGCUACACAGCGGCUUCACGGUCAAGGAAAUCAUACAAGAUCUGGAAUCUCCAGAUGGAGAGUGGGACGACACCAAAAAACGUGAGAUUGAACGAGAGUUGGACACGCUGAAGAGCUUGAGACGAACAGACUAGAUAUUCACCAACGAGAUGAGAACUAUGCAUUUAUUGUCCAGCGUUAGAGAUCCACCUCGCCUGCUACUUGUACUCGGCUACACGUGUGCUGUCUGGUGAUCUAUCAUUGUUCAGCUAAAACAAAAUAAAUCGUCGUGAUUGUCAUGUCAUUACAUGCCAGUGAUUAUAUCAUUACAUCUCAACAUAAUUACUGUUAAUCGACCAAAUCCAGCAGAAGUAUGUUGCUGUCAAACACAAUUGGUUGUUAAUGAUGUGCCAGUAUUGUCAAACAUGUGUGUGUGUGUGUUAUUAUGAAUAUCAGUAUGAUCAUAGUAUGAUUGUAUGGCCAGCAAUCAUUCUGUUAUGGUUGAAGAAUUUAUGUUACACAACUGUGCUCAAUGUAUAUGUCACUUUUGAUAUACUUCAUAACAACAACUUACUUUUCAGCUGGGAAAUGAAAUGUACAUUCAUCAGAACCUGCUCAGCCAUAGAAGCAUGUGCGAUCGUGUUCCUAAUAAUUAUCAUCAUUUUUGUUUUUCAUAGUUUUACUUGAUUGUCCAUUAUUUAUACGAACUGACACAAUGUGUAUUUUGGUAAUGUAAAUUACGUUUGUUGUCGAUUUCAUUUUAUUAAAACCAACCUUAGUUUAUACAAACUUGA